AUGACACGUAAGAAAAUAAGAAAUGUCACGUUGAUGACAAAGGCUACACUAAAAUAUACCGGUGAAGUAUUUUGGGAACCACCCGCAAUUUACAAAUCAUCUUGCGAAAUGAAUGUCGAGUAUUUCCCAUAUGAUGAACAGAUAUGCUUCAUGAAAUUUGGUUCAUGGACUUAUAAUGGCGCACAGGUGGAUUUGAAGCAUUUGGAUCAGGUUCCUGGCAGUAAUCUAGUGCAAAUUGGAAUUGAUUUAAGCGAAUUUUAUUUAUCAGUCGAAUGGGAUAUCCUUGAAGUUCCUGCUACUAAAAAUGAAGAAUAUUACCCCGAUACAUUGGAACCAUUUUCAGAUAUAACUUUCAAGCUAACAAUGCGUCGUAAAACACUUUUUUACACUGUCAACUUAAUAGUACCGUGUGUUGCUCUAACGUUCCUUACAGUGUUGGUGUUUUAUUUGCCUAGCGAUUCCGGCGAGAAGGUAAGUUCGUUCCGUAUGUGCUGGAAUAAGAGUGUGGCAUUACUGUUUCCUGUCUGAAUUUAUUGCAUGUCGCUGCUCUAAUGUUCGUUCUUUGUAUUUUAUUGUGUUCUGUUAUGUUAUUUUGACUAUCUUCUUGCUAUAAACUAGAAAUUAAUUUCAAUCCUUCAAUUUUCCUUAUAGAAUUUUUUUUUUAAUUUCGCUAUUG